UUUUGGGACGUCUAGUAUCAGAACGUGUGGCUUGAUUGCAAAUCGAAAGUAAAUUUGGGAAAUCACAUGACCCUUGGGGCGUCUGAAAGAGUCCCGUGUUUUGCAGACAGAGGCGGAGGAAGCUGCUAUUAGACUCUAGAAAGGAAAAAGCAGGGUGAACUAUAAUACCCACUCCUUUGCUUCUCAAUGGGUACUCAGAGGCCUCUCAUUGUACCCUGGUUAAUGGAGCAGCUGGAUGCCCACAAAUACCCAGGAGUCUCAUGGCUGAACGCAGAGCGGACUCAGUUUCGAGUAAUAUGGAAGCAUGGGAGUCGGCAGAGCAUUAGUGAUGAGGACUUUCAGCUCUUUGAGGACUGGGCCAUUGCCAGGGGCCGUUACCAUCCAGGCAUUGAUAACCGGACCCCUUCCGAAUGGAAAAGGAACUUCCGUUCUGCCUUGAACCGAAAGGAUGGGAUUGAAAUGAUACAGGAUAACAGCACAGACUCUGAAGAUCCACACAAAGUGUUUGAGAUCAAACAGCCUAAUGGUGCAAAUCAAAGUGACUCUGUUGGGGGAGCAACAAAUACAGCAGUCAGCGAUGUAUCCUCUGUUGCGUCAGGAAGCACAUCAAUGUAUGGAGACUUUCCUUCAUCUAGUCAGGAUGAAUUACAGGAGAAUGUGUUCAUAAACCUGGAUAUCUCCAGUUCCCAGGAAGAUCCCAACUGGUGUGGAAUCCUGUCUCCCACUGUCUUGGAUCCACCGCCCUCUGCAGCCCCAUUUGAGCAGGUGUUGGGGACCAGUGCAUUUGUUGGAACAGAAAAUCCAGUUUGUUGUGGAAGCCUCUGUCAACCCAGUUUGGAUUUGAUUCAACAUACCAACACAGUACAACCAUUGCAGCAAAUCUUGGAAGCCCCAACACUUGUCACAGAUUUUGAGGUACGGAUUUAUUAUCGGGGCCGGCAGGUCUUCACCCAAGUGUUCAGUAAUGUAAGAGGUCUGUGCUUUUUGCCUCCUGGCUACUCUGGAUCCGAUCCCGAUUUGGCAGAUGUGAUAUUCCCCAACCCAGAAAACUUGAAUGACCAUCUGCAAGCCUCUUACUCCCAGCGCCUUAUACAAGGGGUGUCUCCAGGAGUACUUCUCUGUGUCGAGGGUCAGUCGCUGUGUGGCAUGCGCCGGGGCCCUUGCCAUAUCUACUGGGGCCAGUCAGAGUUUCCUGCAGAGGGGAUGCUUCAUGGGGAGCUGCCAAAGGAACGGCUUGGCCCCAUGUACAGCCUCCAGCAGUUUGUGCACGAAUUAAUUGGAUUCAUGGAAGGACAAAAUGGAUCCCCUAAUUAUUCACUAUGGUUAUGCUUCGGGGAGCAAUGGCCUGAUACCAACCGUCCCUGGAAGAAGAAAUUGAUUAUGGUAGAAGUCAUUCCCAAAGUUUUUGAACUUCUCCAUGAGAUGAGCAAGGCCAGAGGAGCAUCAUCAUUGGGUCAACCAGAUCUUCUGAUAUCAGACUCACCACAGCAACCCUGUUUUUUGGAUCAGUUGCGAAGUUGGGAAGAGAGGAUGGAGUGAGAAGCCAUCUCAAUAAAGUCUGGAGCUCAAGAUGGAUAAAACUGAAUUCACAUUUUCUGGAUAAUCCCUAGUCUACCAUUUAGCACCUAACAUUUAACAAUAUUUUUUACUAUUUCCAAGGAGUCAACCAUAAUUUGGGACGAAUGAUGGGUCUAGCAGUACUUUUGAUAUGAACUGAUAUUUCCCAUCAUAACAGUCCACUUCUGGAAUCUGCUUGUAACUGUUUCUUCAACUCUUUCACAGUCUUGAUGCAUUACAUGACUGUGAUCUCUUCUUAACCACAACACUGCUGAUGCAAAGUCUUGCUGGGUUUUAUUUUAAAUAUAAACAUGUUACAUUUCUCACAUUUGCCUCCUUGCUUGUGAUGACAUUGAGAGCAAUCCAAAUUUUGGAUUACUCUAAUACUUUCUGUAUUGGUCGGUCUUCUUUCUCUACAUUUAACAACACAGUUUGGACAUAUAUCAUGUUAUCUGUAAAUACCUUUUCACCAACUUGAAAGAGGUAGAUAUUUGGCUUACAACUUCCAGUAUCCAUCAACCAAUAUAACUGUGAUGUAGAGGUAUUUGGGGAGUUGAGAGCUGUUCAAAAUACUAACUUAUUCAAGUUCUUCGUUUUGGACUCUUCUGGUCAUUCUCCUUUUUUUCUUGUUAGAUCUAAGCAGCUCUGGCAAUGAUUAUGGAACACGUUCUUCCUAGAGGCCUUAUUACCUUUAUUUAGGUGCCAAGUAAAAACAUGACUGCUCACUAAUA